CUCUAAGCUGUGGCCAACCAAAAGGGACACUAAACUGGCACUUACACCUAUACCAAACAUCACUGCUACUGCUGCUGCUACUGCUUGCAGUUGGAAGAGAGUCUUUUUUGUUGGUUGGGGGGAGAAGUGUGAAACUGAAAGCUGAAAAGGAGCAGCAGUAAGAAUUGAAUUGAAAUGGGGGUAUUGGAUCAUCUCUCCGAUAUGUUUGAUUGCGCCGGCGGCGGCAGCUCCAAGCUCAAGAAGAAAAAACAGUUGCAGACGGUGGAGAUUAAAGUGAAGAUGGAUUGCGAGGGGUGCGAGAGGAAAGUGCGGAGAUCCGUGGAAGGGAUGAAGGGGGUGAGCUCGGUGCAGAUCGAGCCCAAGCAGCACAAGCUCACCGUCGUCGGCUACGUGGACCCGAACAAGGUGGUGGCGCGUGUGGCUCAUCGCACGGGCAAGAAGGCGGAGUUGUGGCCAUACGUCCCGUACGACGUCGUCGAGCAUCCCUACGCCCCUGGCGUCUACGAUAGGAAGGCCCCACCUGGGUACGUGCGAUCCGUUGAAGACCCGCAACUGUCGCAGCUGGCACGUGCCACCUCCUCCGAAGUACGAUACACUACGGCCUUUAGUGACGAGAACCCUUCCGCAUGUAUUGUCAUGUGAUGUGGAUCUGGUCAUCCCUCGUUACUCUUAAAACUGAAGCUCGUGUUUGGAUUGUAAUUUUCUGAAGUUUUUUUUUUUUUUUAAGAAAAUAUAUUGCAGUGAUUUGAUGUAUGUGAAAUAAAAAGGUGAUCGAAAAAUAUAUUUACUUUACUAAAAAAAACGUAGAGAUUUUUUUUUGGUGAAAAAUCCCUUUUCAAA